CUAAGCAACGCCUCACGCUUGUUAAUCGCAACAUACUGCUGCAGUGCUGAAGCGAUCGGGAGUUUGAGGGCAGAACGAUGGCUGAGGAGACAGAGGGGGAGCAGGCUCCCCAAAGUACAUUCGCCACAUACAUGGCAGAGGGGGAACAGCUUUACCACAAAGCAGAAUACAAGAAAGCCAAAGACAGUUUCACAGCAGCACUUCAUCUGCAGCCUGAGGAUAAGAACUGCCUCGUUGCUCGUUCCAAAUGUUUCCUAAAACUUGGGGAUCCGGAAUGUGCCCUGAAGGACGCAGAGACCUCUCUACAGAUCGAAAAAGAUUUCUUCAAGGGUCUUUACCAGAAGGCGGAGGCACUCUAUUCUAUGGGAGACUUUGAAUUUGCCCUUGUGCAUUACCACAGAGGGUACAAGCUGCGGCCAGAAUUUCAGGGAUUCCGCCUGGGGAUUCAAAAGGCGCAGGAAGCAAUAGAGAACUCUGUUGGAACUCCUGCCAGUGUUAAACUUCAAAAUAAAGCAGACUUGCAGUUCAUAAGCAGACAGGAGGAGAGCAAGAAAGCUAAGCAGAAGGCUCAGGUGAAGGUGCAGAAGAAGGAUACAAAACAGCAGAAGAAAGUAGAUCCUGAGAGGAGCCAGAAGACAGCGCGCCAGCUCCUCGGAGAGCUGUACAGUGAUAAGGAGUAUCUGGAAUCAUUAUUAAGGGAUGAAGCUUUAGUGAAUGGAAACACACGGAGUGGGGUCAAACUGCAUGACCUGAUCAUUAAUGGAAUCCUCUACCUGGACACCCGCACGGAGUUCUGGAGGCAGCAGAAGCCCAUCUACGCGCGGGAGAGGGACCGCAAGAUCAUGCAGCAGAAGUGGAAGCGGGAUAAAAACACGCCUGCCGACCCUAGCCAAUACAUUGUAAAGAGCCUGGAGGAAAUAGAUCAGCUGCUCUCAAGUGGAAAAGCAGAGGAAAGUUACAAAAAGGCCCAACUUGUGCUGAAGAAAGUCGAACGAUGGACGUCGGUGGAUGUGCACAACAGAGAAGAGCUCACUGGGAGUCUCCACAGCUGCAUUGGGAAUGCCCAGAUGGACAUGGGUCAGAUAGAGGCAGCGCUGCAGAGCCACAAGAAGGACUUGGCUAUAGCAGAGAAAUACAAAUUGCCGGAGGCGAAAUCCCGAGCUCUAGAUAAUAUCGGGAGAGUUUACGCAAGAAUUGGGAAAUUCAGCGACGCCAUCAAGGUAUGGGAAGAGAAGAUCCCUCUGGCCAGUUCCAGCUUGGAAAAGACCUGGUUGUAUCAUGAGAUUGGGAGAUGUUACCUGGAGCUGGAGCGAACGGCCGAAGCAAAGGAUUAUGGGGAAAAGUCGCAGCAGGAGGCUGAUGCCGCUGAAGAUAUUGAGUGGCAGCUCAAUGCUUGUGUGUUAUUAGCACAGGCAGAAGUGAAGCUGAAGCAUUACCAGUCGGCCAUUACCAGUUUUGAAAAUGCAUUGGAGAGGGCAAGAUUGCUUCACAAUAAGGAUGCAGAGCAAGCCAUUCUCACGGCCUUGGAGGAUGCAAGGCAGGGGCUAGAAGAGCAGCAGGAAGCAGACGACAGCGCUCAUGAAAAUGACAAAUUAAUGACAGAAGGGAACACAGCGAGUAAGGAGGAGGAUGUGCAUGCAGAAAGCAGCGAGGAGGAUGUGCAUGCAGAAAACAGCGAGGAGGAUGUGCAUGCAGAAAGCAGCGAGGAGGAUGUGCAUGCAGAAAACAGCGAGGAGGAUGUGCAUGCAGAAAGCAGCGAGGAGGAUGUGCAUGCAGAAAGCAGCAAGGAGGAUGAAAGCUGAGGAUAUACCCAUAUAUUUAUACAGUAUAUAUAAGUGGCGCAACAUUCAGGCACAUGAAAUUGGGAACAUUUUGCAGAAAUAAAGUUAGCGGUUUCCGUAGGUCCUGGCCCAGAAUAUUGUUAUUAUUAUCAUAUGUUUAUAAAGCACCGACACAUUCUGCAGCGUUACACAAUAAAUGGGCGUAUACAUUUAAAGUG